AUGAAGCGUAUUGGAGCGGUACGGGAAUCGCGGAAUGUCUUUGCCAUCUUCAAGAAGCCAAAAUCGAGGACGCCACAGCUUGCCCUGCCUCCACUAAAACAAGCACCUUCCGCCACUUCUACACAGGAUGUACACGCGGACGCCGCUUCAGAGGAGGUACAACUUCCACAGCCAAACAAGAACCAAGCGAGAUCAGAUCGUGAGGCAGUCAGAGCAGAGAAUGCUCAAGUCUAUAGUCAAGAUAUUGAGCACGAAAAUGGUAUUCGGCUACUGCGUAUCCAGCCCGGUACCGAUGAGAUCUGCGCAACCCUGGAAUACUUCGAUCUUGAGUCGCCACCACAGUAUGAUGGCCUUUCCUACUGCUGGGGUGCUCAGCAAGAGCUCGAAGUCGUCCAAGUCGAUGGCAAGGACUUUCGAGUCUCGAAGCAUUUGUACGCCGCAAUGCGCCGUCUGAGACGUCCAAACCGCGACCGUCUUAUCUGGAUCGAUGUCAUCUGUGUUAAUCAAGCCAAUAUACCAGAACGUAACGCUUCGGUCCAGCUGAUGUGGAAGAUUUACGCCAAAGCACACCGUGUGAUCGUAUGGGUAGGCGAGACCGAAGCGCAGACGUCCACUUGCAAACGGCAAUUCUCGGCUAGCAAGCACGACGACUCACAGCUAGUAUGGUGUACGCAGCCUGGUCUGGCAGCGCUCGAGCACGAUCACGUCUCGAAGAAGCUCGGCGAUGUUCUGCAGCAGCUGGAGUGGGCUUCAAACGUCACCCAUGGAGAUGUGUGGUGGAAGCGCCUUUGGGUCAUUCAAGAGUUCUCUCGAGCUCGUGAACAUCCGACCGUUUAUAUCGGACCUCACGCGAUCGGCUGGAAUUUCUUUGCACAACUAAUGAAGACUGAUACGCAUGACCGCCUGCCACUGUUCCAUCAUUUGCGGUCACAAGAAGAGCAGAGUCUCCUUCAGCUACUUUUCAUGGCGAAGGACUUCUAUUGCAGUGAUCCACGCGAUAGGAUCUACGCACUUCUUGGUUUGGUCAAGGGUGGCACGACUUCAAUCAAGCCCGAUUAUGCUGAGCCUGUUCCACAAGUCUACGAGGAUGCCACGAUGUACUUGCUGCAAUCGGAGAAGAAUCUGGACGUUCUCUUGGACGGACGCCUGGAACGAUCAGGCGGUGGAUAUCCGACAUGGGUGCCGCACUUCACGAUGCUGCGAGAUCGCAAGUUGAUCCAGACACUGGAUGGCUACGAGGCUGGUCGAGGCGAACCAGUUGUCAGCCUUGAAAGGCAGCCGAUCGAAUGCGAGAUCUGCACAUCGCACACAGGACGUGCGCUCAAAGUAAAGGCCAUACCCUUUGGCUGCAUCACAUAUCGCUCAAGCGAGAAGGAUUUACCUGCACCAGACUCUACGCACAGAGUCAUCUUGAAGAACCACGACCACGCGAAGGCAGAGCUGUCACGUCCACUACAGACUGUGGAUGCGGUCUUUGAAUGCCUCAAAAUUGACUUCUCGCGGGAGCCAUAUUUGCAACUGGACCGAGCAAAGGGUCUGUCGUAUCUGAUCCUCGACUACUUAUUUGGCGGAGAGAGGAGUGCAGUGGCCGAGCAUACACGCAUCGAGCGCGUACGCACGACUGAUGAAAUGAAGGGCAUGAUCUCGCGAGAGAUUGACAAGCUAGUGAAGAAGUAUGACAUGACACUGACCGAUGCCGUUCGCCUGGACCUCAACCUGACUGCGCUAUGGGAAAAUGCUUUCAUCACCGUCCGGCACAAAGGCUUGUACACUCCCGACGAUGAAGCUCGACGCUUUCUGAGCGAUGAGAAGGAGAUGUAUCAUGUUCCGUCUAAGCUUCGGCGUCGUGACUUCUUCAUCACAGACAAUGGAUUCAUGGGCAUGGGACCUGCUACCCUUGAGCCUGGCGAUGAGGUUAUCGUGCCGUUUGGUGCUAGCCGGCCGUUCAUUGUGCGGAAACAUGGUGAGGAUCACUAUGUGCUUAUUGGAGAUGCUGUGGUACCAGGGGUUAUGCCAGGACAGCUGGUGAACUUGUAUAAAGAGGGGAGUGUGGAGGCUUGUGAUUAUCUUUUGAGGUGA